AUGUCCUUACCCAACAACUUGCCUUCUUGGAUUACUCCUCGACUCUAUUACAAGGCCUGUAAACUGCAGGAAUUGUGUAAACAACUGCAAUAUACCGGAACUAUUUUGUGUGAUGCCUCAAGUACCAACUUUAUUCUAAAUAUAGAUCAAUCAUAUGCAGCCCCUGCAAACAACAAUGAUCCACUUGGACAAAUUAAGGCUGAAUUAAUUCGCACGACCCCUAGUAAAAUUCAUUCUGUUACCGUAUCUGCAACUGUGACUACCCCGGAGCAAGCUCUUGCAUAUGGUUAUCAUCUAGGAGCUUUACUAAUUGAUAACCCCUAUUCUCGACACAAAAUUAAAAUAAACCAGCUACGAGCUUGGAAAAGGACCUACCACUUAUUCAAUGCUAUUGGAUAUGAACAAAUUUAUCGCACCCAGACUAUUACCCUCAAAACUAUUGGUGAACUGAGUGAAACACAUUUUAAUCGGCUUAUUGAUUUUUGUAGAUGA